AUCAUAUGAUUGCUCUGGCCAUAUACCGUCCCUAUUUAUUACUGAUCCUAUCUCAAACCGUAUUUAGGUGAAUGUAUUGAUCACAUAUGUAGAUUUUAUUUAAUAGCGAAGAAUGUUUGACCGCUUGCCGUUGUUGACCCCGGCUCUUAAACGUUUAAACAGCAAAUAUUUUAUUGUUAUUAUUACUUUACAUGAGGCCCAAAUUAAAUGUAUCUUCUCGGAUAAUCCCCCAUGAUAUCUCCGUUGCUGCGUGCUUGACUGCUUGCUUUAUGCCGAUUGCCUUCCGCCAUAAAUACCAAUUACACAUACAACUUGCCCUCCAAAUUAACUUGCGCCAUCCUCCAACCGCUUUCUCCUGCUCCAUUCCUCUAAAAAUUUCUCCUUUUACUGAUCUCUCUCUCUCUCUCUCUCUCUCCCUCUCUGUGAAGAAAUGGAAAUCUUCGGCACAAAAUUCUACAGCAGCGGGGACAGAUACUGGCGAAGGAAGAGAUACCAAAAGCUACGACAAGAUUAUGGCUCAAUCCGAAACAAGAACAUCCGCAUCGCCAGGCUCGGCGGCGACAAGUCCUCCUCCGCCUCCUCCUCGUCCCGCAAGCUGGCGUGGAGGAUCAAGGUGGUCCCGAAGCUGCGGCUGAGAAUCGUGAUGGCGGCGCCGCUGAAGCUGGCGGCGAAGCUGAAGAACGGUUACCUGGACAUGAUGGUGAGGCUGGCCGGGAGCGUGGGUUACUUGAAUACCAACUUGGUGUUCGGCAACAGAAGGGUUCCGAAGGCCAGGCACGUGAAGAGCACGUGCACCAACGAGGAGUUCCGGAACAGGAUCAUCUACGAGAUGUUCAAGAACAUUUCUUCGGCUCAUGAAUUGAAUCCCAUGUAGUAGUUGUGAAAGAACCAGUUAAUCAUAUAUCGUUUAGGCUUGGAGUUUGGACAGGCACAGGUCCUGACACGAGUUGGGCGAAUCGAACAGAAGACCUUACACAUAAAGCUCUGAUACCAUGUCAAGAACCAGUUGAUCCCAAUAACUCGAGUUGUUGAAAGAGAUUCAAUCGUGGAUCAUGUACCGUUUACUAACCGUAGUACUAUUGUGUCUUCUUCUUUUGAUCACCUCAAGAGGAUAUCAUAUACGUUUUGCAAUAAUUUUUCCCCCAUCCACUUUGUAUUUUUUUUUUUUUUUUUGCCAUAGAGAUCCCCAAAGGGAAACAGUAGAUACGAAGUAUAUAACAAUAUACAUGAUCUUUGCAGGUCAAAUCACAAAUGAAAAAUGAAAAGACCU